UUGGUAGAGAAAACAGAGAUUUAUUAUAGGAGUUGUAAAACAUUAUUAUUCCUGUUUGUUCUAUCUCUUUCAGAAAUAUGACAUUUUUUAACGGGGAUAGAAACUUCUAGUCUCCCCCAGGUGCGCCGUGGUGGAUUCUACCGUUUUCUGCAAUAAGGUGGAUUUUUAACUAGCUUUUGAAAUACACGUGAACUGUCACUCAUAUAAGUAGGAGGACUCUUUUGGGAAAGCAGACACAGAAAAGAAAACCGUGACAGAGUGUCUUACUGAUUUAUUCAACUCGCUUUAUUUGGAUUAUUACAAAUUCAACGGCAUACAUGUACAACUACGGAAACCAAGGCAGAGGAAUCGAUCGGACCUUCCCAGAAAACAGCUCUGGAUCAGGCUCGAGCUCCGCGUCUCUCACUACAACCACUGGCACAACUCAACAACUACAGCAAAAGUAUUCUGUGGCAGGAUCCAGUCAGUUUGUUCCUAGUCUCAAUGCUAUAACUUCAAACCAGGAUCUUCAAUGGAUGCUUCAGCCCUCCCUUUUGAGCUCCGCAGGACCAUCCAGGCCACUCCGACCAUCCUACCAACUGCCACCUAGAGUGCCUGCAAUGAAACCUCCUCACCAUAGUCAAUCACAUCUAUUCCGACCAGGUGUUAUUAGACCAGCUACUGGUGUCGGAAGCUCAACAACAAGCAGAAAUUAUGAACAUUUGUCCCAUGAGGAGCUUGAGAGGCGAAGAAUUAGAAGGGAACGAAACAAAAUGGCUGCGGCAAAAUGCAGGAAUCGUCGCCGUGAACUGACUGACACAUUGCAAAAUCAAACUGACCAUUUAGAGGAUGAAAAAUCACAUCUGCAGAAGGAGGUCGAGGAGCUCCAGAAGCAAAAAGAGAAGCUUGAGUUGGUCCUUGAGGCCCAUAAACCCAUCUGCAAAGUCCAAGACUCUGACUCUGAUUCUGACUCCUACACUGACCACCCUGCUCUGGGUGCCAUCAAGAUGGAGUCUGUAGACCCCGAUCUUCCUGGACCCUUUAGAGAAUCAAAGAGUCACACCAAGCCUAAUAAACCCAAACCCAAAAUAAUCAUCCCACCUCCAGCUCCAGCCUCCUCUGUUGCCAGUGUACUCCUGGAAUCUGAGUCUCUUCAUACCCCUGUCCUCAUCUCCACUCCUUCUCUGACUCCUUUUUCAGCCAGCCUGAUCUUCAGCUAUCCCUCCUCUUCGCUGGAUACCAGCUCUGCUGCUUUAUCCCAAACACUCUGUCCAUCCUCCUCCCAGCAUGGUGCCAGCCUGUCUUCUCGAAACCCUCAGCCAUGUGGUGUUGCUCAUCGUCGCAGCAGCAGCAGUGGAGAUCAGUCAGAUCAUUCUCUUAAUUCACCAUUUCUCACCCUUUGAUUACUCGUCUACUCUGCAUCUAGAGUGUUUAGGAACACCAUAAGUGUCCUUAGUACUACAUAAAAGCAUAACAAGUACAACUGUGCUGCAUGUGUUAUGCUUUUAAAUGUGUAUUCUGUGUUUACCUUUAUGAAUUGUAUUUAUCAAGGAACGUCAAUGCAUUAUAAGAAUACAGGAUCACUAACAAGUUAAACUCAUUUGCAUGUUGCUCUGGAUAAAAGCAUCAGCUAAAUGACUAAAUGUAAAUUGUGCACAAAAGAAUUGCAAAGUAGAAGGUAAUAGAAUCCUUUAUAUGAUGUAGACUGAAAUCAGUAGUGCACCAUUUGAUUGACUGACUUUUAAGGUACACUCAGUAAUUUUUUUCCCCAUUACAAAAGUUUUACACAAAUUGUAUAUAGUACUUUUUAAAUAAUUUCCUUUUUAAAUAAUGUACACUCGCAUCUGAUGAAGACUUAAGUGCUAUAAGUGGGACGGGUCGCCUCAGGGGAGCUGACCUGUUGAGAUCACAUAACUGGCUGAAUACUACUCACUUCAUCUCAAUAACACUGUUAUUGGACUUUUGGCUCAAUAAAUUAAUCAUGGGUGUCAAAUACGCCUGUGAAUAAGACAUUUCUACUAUGGCGAUGCUUUUGCGUGAUACUACAUCCAUGUAUUUUUAAAAGGAAUAGUUCACCUCAAAAUUAAAAUUCUCUCAUCAUAUACUCAAUCUCAUGCCAUCCCAGAUGUGUAUGACUUUCUUCUGCUGAACAGAAAGUUUUUUAGAAGAAUAUCUCAGCUCUGUGAGUACUUCCAAUACAAAUGAUUGGUGGCAAGAACUUUGAAAAAAAAAAAAAACAUAAAGGCAGCAUAAAAGUAAUCAAUACCACUCCAGUGGUUUAAUAUAUGUCUUAUGAAGCAAUGCAAUCCCUUUGGGUGAGAAACAGAUAAAUAUUUCUAUCCUUUUUACUAUAAAUCUCCACUUUUAGAAUGUAAAUAUGAAAGUGGAGAUUUAAAGUAAAAAAAAAUACUUUAAUAUUGAUCUGUUUCUCACCCACACCUAUUAUACUGCUUCUGAAGACAUGGAUUAAACCACUGGAGUUUUAUGGAUUACUUUUAAACUGCCUUAAUGUGCUUUUUGGAGUUUCAAAUGCAUGGUCACCAUUCACUUACAUUGUGUGGAUCUCUACAGAGUGGAGAUAUUCUUCUAAAAAUCUCUGUUUGUGUUCAGCAGAAGAAAGUCAUACAAUCUGGGAUGGUAUGAGGGUGACUAAGUGAGAGAAUUUUCAUUUUUGGGUGAACUAUUCCUUUAAGCCCAUAACAUUUGACUGUAUAAUAAUGUUGUUAUUGACAUAUUAAUUUACUUCAACUUCAAAUAGAUACAUAGAUUGGUGAUGGUACUGUAGCAGUUACAUAUCUGGUCGGCUAGCAAAAGAUUUACUUCAGGGAACUUAUUUGAAAAAAAGAGGAAAAAAUAUGUAUUUUUAUUGUUAGCAAUUAUAGAAGCGGUAGAGUCUAAAUUAGAGUAUUAACUAAUUUUAAUUGGUUAUACCAUAUAUGCAUAUGGUUAUUAAUGCACAUAAUGUUAUUUUUGUGUUUUGUUGUUGUUUGUUUUUUAUUGUAGUUUAAAGUGAUACAUAGUUAUAAUGACACGCAUUCUAAAUAAGCUAGUUUAAAAUAAACUGAAGGAAUGUAGUCUACCUGCAACUCCACAAUAGAACACUGGGCAUGUGCACUUCAAUAACAGUUUCACUGUCACACUGGUUGCAAAGUUAUAUUUGAACAGAUACUUGGUUGAACACUUCAGUGGUUACUCCAUAGCAAAUUUUUCUAUAAAGUACAAAGUUGUAUGAUGUUCACAGGCCAGUUGUAAUUUAUUAAGAUUUUCACUUUAUGAUGAACUGAGCACACUACAUGUUAGACUAUACUAUGCCUUGAUCACACAAGUAUAGAUAUGUAUUUAUUUUUUAAAACCUACAGUAUAUUUUUAAAUGAAACUUUUUACUUAUUUAUGAUAGUCCUUGAAUAACGACAAAUGUUGCAUGAUAUUUAACAUCUACUAAACAAUGACUGAAAAUAUAUGCUGU